GCCCAUUUUAGGCCCAAAGCGGACAAUAGAUUAUAGAAAAAAUACUUAGUGCAUUAAUUUUGUCAUAAAUAAAUAUGCAUUUACUUUCUUGCAAAUAAGCGCCACUAUAGUUUACAAUAAGUAGUUCAAAAAAAGUAACUCUAUUGAAAAAACAAGGAUUUUUAUUUUUGCGGGAAAAAUAUUGCCAGCUUCAAAUCCUUUUACGUAUGAAGUAAAUAUUUUGAGUAUAUAAAUAAAACAUAUAAAUAAAUCAUUUUAAGUAUUAUCAUUAAUCAAACGAUUUUAAUGGAUUUUAUGCACAUAAAAUAACAUCGAAGACAUACCCAUUGGACUUUAACUUGUAACUAUACUUGAGACCUUAGAACUUAUAUCUCAAGGUGGGUGGCGCAUUUACGUUGUAGAUGUAUGUGGGCUCGAGUAACCACUUAGCAACACCAGGGUGGCUGUGAGCUCGCCCACCCAUCUAAGCAAUAAAAAAAACUUUACUAGUAUUGUUAUUUAAAUAUGUACAACUAAAACAAAAACAUAAAAAAUAAUGUGUACUCGUAAAAAAAAGAUUAAGAUAUAAAUCAAUUAUCGGUUAUUUAAAAAAUAAUCGAUAUAUGAAUUUCAUGUAAUUAUUUUUCUUUAUACUGACAACACUGAAUUUAAUCUGACUGACUGAUACUUCGCUUGCUGCUUGUGGUGUUGUGCUUGCGUACAAAAUGGAUGUGCCGCCAUGCUGGUACUCGCGCUGCUGUGCCUCCUGAGCAUAUCAUCAAGCGUUCCCCUGCAUGACCAGAUAACUCCGAGGCCCGGGGAGACGUGUGGCUAUGAGAGCUGUCCGAAGACCGAGCCGGGUGUGCUGAACGUCCACAUCGUACCCCACACCCACGACGACGUCGGCUGGCUGAAGACCGUCGACCAGUACUAUUACGGAAGCAGGAACAACAUACAGAAGGCUGGCGUUCAAUACAUUCUGGAUUCGGUUGUCAAGGAGCUGUGGGAAGACCCGAAGCGACGGUUUAUCUACGUGGAGACGGCUUUCUUCUGGAAGUGGUGGGUCAGGCAGUCCCGUCGGGUCAAGAGUAAGGUCCACACCCUCGUCAGGCAGGGGCGGCUUCAAUUCGUCGGUGGGGCGUGGUCCAUGAACGAUGAGGCCGCAGUGCACUAUCAAAGUACCAUCGAUCAAUUCACUUGGGGUCUCAGCAAAUUGAACGAGACCUUCGGUUACUGCGGCUUGCCCCGGGUUGGCUGGCAGAUCGACCCGUUCGGGCACUCGAGGGAGCUGGCUUCGCUGCUGUCCGCCAUGGGAUAUGACGGCUUGUUCCUGGGCAGGAUCGAUUAUCAAGACAAGAGGACCAGACUCCGAGACAAGACCAUGGAGAUGGUAUGGAGGGGCGACGACGACUUGGGCAAGAAGUCAGACAUCUUCACGGGCGCUUUGUACAACACAUACUCUCCGCCGGCCGGGUUCUGCUUCGACGUCCUGUGUGACGACGAGCCCAUAGUGGACGACGCUGGCUCGCCGCUGUACAAUGUCGACAACAAGAUGACCCUAUUUCUGAACUACGUUAAAAAGCAAUCGCAACAUUAUCGAACGGACAAUGUCAUCAUCACGAUGGGAGGAGAUUUCACUUACCAAGACGCCGCGAUGUGGUACACGAAUCUGGACAAGCUGAUUGAAUAUUCAAAUCUGAAGGCGGCCAAAGACGAUCUGAAGAUUAAGCUGUUUUAUUCGACGCCUAAUUGUUAUCUGAAAGCCAUAAAAGACGCGAAUCCGGUGUUGCCAACGAAACAAGACGACUUCUUCCCGUACGCGAGCGACCCGACCGCUUACUGGACCGGGUACUUCACCUCGAGACCGACCACCAAGUACUUCGAGAGAGAGGGGAACGCUUACCUGCAGAUGGUGAAACAGCUGCAGGUGUUGUCGAAUUUGGAAAGGCACAACGAGUUCAUUCUGAACGAACUGAAGAGCGCAAUGGGCAUAAUGCAACACCACGACGCCAUCACCGGCACCGAGAAGCAGCACGUCGCUCAUGACUACGAAAGGAUCCUGAGCACCGCCAUCGACGACGCUCUACUCGUCGCCAGACAGGCCUUCAACAAAGCCGCCCAGGGCGACUCCGGGAAGGCUCCGCUGUUCAGCUACGACAGGUGUCACUUCAACGAAUCCAGAUGCCACACGUCGGAGACCAGCGAAACGUUCAUGGUGACCGUUUACAACCCGUUGGCUUGGGGCGUCAGGGAGGCGGUGAAGCUGCCGGUCACGUAUGGACACUACGAGGUCUACGCUCCGAAUGGCGAUAAAAUCGUGACGCAACUGGUCGAGAUACCGGACGAGGUUAAGCGCAUACCGAACCGACGGUCUGAGGCCACUCACGAGUUGGUGUUCAUUGCGCACUUACAUCCGUUGGGCGUGAAAUCGUUCUACGUUAAAAGAGUUUCGACAACGAAAAGGGCAAUCGCUAACGGCAGCUAUUUGGAAUGGAUCAGUGGCGAGGGGGUCCGGUCCGAUGGCUAUUUAGAUAGGCUCAAUCAGAUAGCCGACGUCAAAGACCUCACGAAUCUCGGCCUAGAUGCUAUUGUUGAUGAAGGCAAGGAACCUUUGUGGGAAGAUGCAAAUGGAACUGGUGCGGCUUUCAAAGGGACUAUGAAGAAAAGAGAGACGGACGACUUUAAGAUAUCGUUCGCGUAUUACCCGGGCUGCUUGGGGAACAAUGAGGUACCCGCUAACCGCAGUUCAGGCGCGUACAUCUUCAGGCCGAACUCGACAAAAGCAAUCGGUCUGAACGUGGAAUCUGUGAGUGAAAUUAGCGGCGACCUACUCAGCGAGGUUCGAACUAAGAUACGCGGAAACGUUUUGAGCAUCAAGCGUGUUUACAAGGAAUUCGAUUUUAUUGAGCACGAGUGGCUCGUGGGCCCGAUAAGCGUCGACGACGGCAUCGGCAAGGAGUACGUGGUCAAGUACCAGACGGAUAUAAUAAAUAAUGGAGAGUUUUACACGGAUUCAAACGGCCGACAGAUGCUGAAGAGGAAACUGAACGCGCGUCCUCAGUGGAACUUGACGUUGACCGAGCCGGUGCCCGGGAAUUAUUAUCCGGUCACGAACGAGAUCUACAUCGAGAACGGCGAGAGGUUCACGGUCUUGACGGACCGAUCGCAAGGCGGAACCUCGCUCGUCGAAGGCGAAGUGGAACUGAUGCUGCACAGGAGAUUGCUGCACGACGACGCGUUCGGCGUCGGUGAGGCCCUGAACGAAACGGUUCUCGGCUCGGGGCUGGUGGUUCGCGGGAAACACCGGAUCCUGCGCUCGAAGGAUCCGGUUGAGAUCGCGAAAAGCGUUUUCCAAAUGCACCUGCCGCCCGUGGUCUUCGUUUCCGACGCCUCAGGCCUCAGCUACGAGCAAUGGAUGAGGUUGGAGAAUUGCAAGAAGUUUGUCAAGACCCCGAUGCCUGACGGGCUCCAUCUGCUCACCCUGGAGCCUUGGGGCGACCAGAUCCUGUUGAGAAUCGAAAACUACAAGACCGGUGCCGAAGAUUCGACCAUCGAAAUUGACCUGCAGGGCAUAUUCAACGGUAUCCAUAUCAAAAGCGUAAAAGAGACAACGCUAGCCGCAAACCAGUGGCUGGACGACUAUGAUAAGUGGACUUGGAAUACGGAAGGAGACUUUUACGAAAGCUUCAACAAGAAAUACGGGAGCUUCGAGGCCGUGAACAAAGCUGUCGACGGACCUGACGUCAGAGAGGACGAAGGCCUCAAAAUCAAACUUAAAGCGAAGGAGAUAAGGUCGUUUAUAGCGGAUAUCGAAUAUACCGACUAAUGACCUUUUACGGGGCACGUUAGAUUAUUUUUAUUAGUUUUUUUUACGACAUUUUUAAAUGUAUAUAUCGAGGGGUGAAAUGUUGUUUGUUUCAAGCGACAUUUAUGUUUGUAAUUAAAGGUCCGUUUCAUUUGGUAUCAGCAUCAACAGUUGGAUUUUUUAAAUUAAGCUUCAGUUAAGUUUACUCCAUUGGAACAGCUGAAAAAGUGUUUUUGUUUAUGAUAUUUUUUCAAAAUUUUACCUUUAAAUAGCUCUCCUGUAAAGUUGAAAAAAUCGCCUUUCACCCCUCGAUAUGAUUAGAUUUAAUAGGUUCAUUGAUGAUAGAAUUUAAUGUGCGUUCGUUGAGAUAAACAUAUUUUUAAUGUUUUAAGGAAUGCACAAUAAAACUCUGUGUAAUACUGUCA